CAAUUCCCUUUAUGAGGUCACGAGAUAAUAAGAACCAAUCAGCAUCCACAAACUAAGAGCGUGAGUCCAGAGUAUUUAGAACAUAAUUUCACUUUCUGUUUUGCUGAAGUGGAACCGUUUAAUUUCAGCUUCAUCAAUAAAACACAUUUCAUGGACAAAAAUGAGGAGGAAGUGACGCGCACCUGUGGACAAUGCCACAGAGACGUCGCCGAGUCCAACUUUGCUCUGCACGAGAGCCACUGCAGCCGGUUCCUGUGUCUGUGUCCCGACUGCGCCGAACCGGUCCCCAGGGACCAGCUGGCCCAACACAGAGAUGAACAACACGCCCAGGUGAAAUGCAGCAAGUGCAACGCCAAGAUGGAACGGCGCCACCUGUCGGACCAUCAGUCUGACGAAUGCUUGGAGCGGCUGCAGAAGUGUCCGUUCUGCGAGCUGGAGGUCCGCUUCAGGGAGCUGGACGAGCACCUUCUGGUCUGUGGGAGUCGUACUGAGCUCUGCAAAGACUGCAGCUGCUACGUCAAGCUGAGAGACCUGCAGGAUCACAGCUUCACAUGCUCGGCCAGCGGGAACCACGCGGCUGCCAGUGAUGAGCCAGACACAGCUGGAGUCAGUGUGGAUUUUAGUAAAUGGAAGAGCUCAUCUUCAGAUGAAGACACAGAGGAACAUGAGCUGCAGCAUUUGUCAGAAACCGUGGAGGAUGACGAAAAGGAAAAGGUGGAAGAGAAGGAUUACGAGUAUGAGUUCUCCUGGAAUCGUGCAUCCGAGCCAGGAGCUUCCUCGCACUCCCACGGCCAUGGUUCUUGGGAUGACAGAGAAGAUCCAGAUCAGAUCAGCACCUGCCCUCACUGUCACCUGGCCUUACCUGUCAGAACGCUGCGCUGGCAUGAGGUGAGAUGCCAAACCCAUGUUCUCCUAAAAGCAAAAAGAGUUCAAGAAGAAGAACUCUAAGUGGAUUUGCUGCCUCCAGCUUUAACCUUGUGACGCCCAAAAGUAUUUCCUGCUGUGAAAAAAAAAAGUCCCUUAUGAUUUUGCUUUCACGGCUAAAUUAAGGGAAGUGUGAGGCAGGAGUAGUUUGAUAUUUGCAUCAAUAGUUGUUAAGGGGUUAAAAUCCCACUCCAAUAAUCUGUUUUCAAAGUACUCCCAGUGUUCCUUUAAUUAUGAUUAUGCUGUUUUUAGCCAAAAAUUGAAAAAAUCUGUGUUGUUUUCUAGUAUCUCUUCCGUUGAGUCUUCCUUGCGGUUUUCUUGUUACAAUAAAAGCUCAAAUUCUGUUUUAGGUUCAGAAAUUUUUCAAAAGGAUGAUAAUUCUGUACCUAAACUUCACACUUCUGACACACUAGUGUGUUUAAAUACUCAAACAAAUUGUACAGCUCCUAUCUUAUCUUUGCUGUGGAAGAAAAAUAAGAUUAUUAUUGCCAUUGCACUGAUUUGUUCCCAUCAAUAAAGUUUUCACAAAACAU